CAAUACAGCCGCAAUUGAUAGCAUUAUAUUCUUGCAACCUUUAGCAAGGGCUCACUAUCCUUAAGUUCGCGUAAAGCGUCGGCGGUCAUUUCAGUCGCCGUCUCGGGAACUUCGCGACGCUCUGCCUACCUCAUAUGCUCGUGAAGACUUAGUAGAGAUGUCAUCAUCAUGGCAGAACCUGCCACUAGACCUAAAAGAGCGCGUCGCUGCGGGGCUGCCGCGGAACUGGGCGACUCAACUUCGGUGUGUCGACAAGACGACCGCGGCACAAUUCAAGGAUCAUCCUCGAUACUCCGUCAUUAAACUUAGUGAGCCAGUUCCUCACCAGCUGUUCGCGGCUCACUGGAAGCGCCACGCAACCGGUUUGCCCCUGGAGCGGCGGAAGCGACUGCUCGCGCUCACGGCUGCCAGCGGGGACCUCAACAACCUCGAGCUGGCAUGGAGCAUCUGCAGCUGCCCCCUACCUAUGGAAGUCAUGGACCUAGCAGCUGCCGCCAACCGGCCACAGAUCCUGGGGUGGCUCCGGAGCCAGAACUGCCCUUGGGGCGGCCUCAGCGGCGUGGGCGCCACAGUCACCCCCGACACCGUGACCUGGCUCACGCACGCGGGCUGCCCGCUGCAGCCGGUACGGCUGCUGAAGGACGCUGCUGCUGGAGGCAAUGAUGCCCUAGUGGCUUGGCUGGUGCGGGAUGGUGGUUUGGCGGCCACGUUCAUCGACGAGGGGGUGGUCGCGGCGGCACGGGGCGGGCACGUGGGAAUCCUGGACAGCCUCCUGGCACGCAGGCAGCAGCAGCUGCAGCCGCAGACGCUAGGGCAGCCACAGCAUCAGCAGCCGCGGCUCCAUGACGGCGGCCGGAUGGCGGAAGGUGACGGCCUGGUUGGCGGCGGCGACAGCUCCAGCAGCUUCACACGCGUUGGGGAGCUGUUGGCGGCGGCGGCGGAGGGCUGCGGGCUGGAGGUGCUGCAGCGGCUGCACGCGACGUUUGUGGGUCAGCCCGACCAGGUGUGCGCUACCUGGCGUGGUGAAACGGUGGCGGCGGCGGCGGGCAGCGCCACACCGGACUGGGCGGCCAAGCUGGAGUGGUUGAUGAGCUUGGGCUACCCCAUCUCCAGCUCCAGCUCCAGCUCCUGCUCCUGCCCAGCCGCAAACCGGGCGGCCUCAAGGCCGGACGCACUGUGUCGUCUGGCGUGGCUCCACGCACAUGGCUGCGAACCACACGCCGACCCAUCCGUGGCGGUUGAGGCUGCGUGUGCGGGUCGGCUUGACGCGCUGCAGUGGCUGCUGCAGCCUCCGCCGCCCCCAACUAGUCCUGAGCUGGCGGCGGGCUCGGCUGCUGCAUCAGCUGUUGUCGCCGGCGGCGUGCCCUGCUGCUCCUCCCAGCGGCCCCCUUCUUCUGUGGCGGCGCCGCCCUUGCGGCUGGGACAAGCGCACAUGCUGCAGCUGGCGGAGAGGGGCUGUGGGCCGGAGGUGUGGGCGCUGGUCCUGGGCGGGGGCGGGACACACGGGAGCCGCCGUGGCCAUCCGGCGGACCAGCAGGUGGCGGCGGUGACUGAGGAGCUGCUCAUUGCAGGAGCUAGCUGUGGGAACGUCCGCGGCGUGACCUGGCUCCUGCACUUCGCUGGAGCCGCCGCCGGCCCAGCAGCCGCAGCCGCUCCUGGUGACGGACUGUUGACGGCGGCGCUGUUUGCGGCGGCCGCGGGCUCGGGCAGCAUCGAGCUGCUGGAGGCUCUGUGGGCCCGGGGCUGUCCCUCCGACCCCCGCGCUUACCUGCACGCUGCAGAGGCCGGCAGCGUGGCCUGCCUGGACUGGCUGGCGGCACACGGUUGUCCCAUGGGGAACACGCUGGAGCCGGGGCAGGUGGCGGCGCGCGCAGCUGACCUGCCCGCGCUGCAGGCCCUGGUGCGGCUGGGCUUCACAGCGGACCUGGGCUGCGCCUCGCGAGCCGCACAGCGCUGCAUGUACCCGCCGCUGCUCAUGUGGGUGCUGCGACAGCGAGGCGGCUGCAGGGGCUGCGCGGGCAGCGGCGGCGGCCGCGGAGGCUGCCUGAGCGACUACUGUUGUGAGGAGGCAAGCAGUCCCAAGGCUGCCGCGGCGGCGGGUGCGCCUGCAAGCCGGCGCGGGCGGAAGGUGGCGGGCAAGGCGGGUCGGCGCGAGUCAGGGAAACACGCGCCGGCUGAAGCGGGCGCUGAAAGCGAGUUGCUUAAGGGCUCAAGGCUUGAUCGCCAUACGGUGCCAGUGGUCCGCGUCGGUGGCUGCGGGGCGCCCGGGGCGGAAGGCGUGGGCAAGGGCCUGAUCGAGUCACUGUGGCGCCGCCUGGUCGGCAUGUGGAGCGCUGUGUGAACCAUUUCGCAGGGCAGGGAAGGAGACGCAUGUGGGCGUGUCGGCAUGUGGCGUGUUGAGGUAAUGAGGUAUCCGCCGGUGUGUACCGUAUCACUGACGCGAUUGUGGGCUUGUAGGGAUGUUGAGGCGGUGAUCAGGAGGGUUGAUGCCGUGCUCAACGGCCAGCACCAGCACCUCAAGGACGCCUAUGUGGCUUCACUGGCGAUGACCGCACUGUACCGUAUUGGUGUGUAGCGCGCACACAUCUGGCAGGAGUUGACGGUGCUGCGCCCACUUUAGAAGCGGGAUAGAAACACUCUCCACGUAUUGUGGAUUCAUUUUGGAUUCAUUGUGGAUUUAUUGACACGAUUCUGCGUGAGGCAUUUGGCAGCGCAGGAAGGCAGAGCAUGUGGGUGUGUCCACGGGCGUGUCGGGGUAUUGGUCGGGGUAUCGGCUGGUGUGUAUCGUGUUGACCGCAUUCAUCUCUUUUGGCUCUGGAACUCGGGCUUGAAUCAUUGCAUUGACAUAUCAACGUACGCUGUAAGUCCGUGAACAA